AAGUAGAUCGGGCGUGUAUCGAUCCCUCCGCGCUGGCGCAGAGCGCUGCGAAGCGUCUCAUCAGCGGCGGUGAUUGACAGCUGUCAGCGGCGAGACGCGGAGUUGAGGCGGCAGCGGCGCGCGAACGGAGAAGAUCGCUGAUUCCACGCGUUCGGGGCGCACUAGAUGACGCGGCGGAGUGAUCGCGGUAGCGCUCGCGCGGUUUUCCUUUUAGAGAAAGCGCGUCGCUCGCGGAGCUCCAGGAGGAGGCGAAGCGGGAGUGAAGCCGGCAGAAGGCGCUCAGGUUCAGCAUCACUUCUCAAAGUUUCUCGCAGACUCUGUUUGUGUAUGAGCGCAGCUUCGGAACUCGCUCUCUCACAGACUGUCGCCCCAGCGCUCCGCUGCCGUCACACGGAUCGUUCUCUCCGGUUUCUAGGAUGUUAUCCAGCCAGACCGGAGCGGCUCUGAGUGGAGCCGGAUCAGCGGCGGGGAAGAGCGCAGGCCACGGCGCGGUGCUGAUGGGCGCCGGGGUCCGCGCGGGGUUCGCUCGGGGACUGGGGCCGCUGCAGGCUGGAGCGAUGGGGCUCGGGAUGCCCGGGAGAUUCGAGCCGGAUAAAGAGGGACCCCCGCACGUGUGCAGCGGCUCUGACGCGGACUCUGACUCGGGCGAUGAGGACGAGCCCAUGGGAUCAAUCGGGGACGGCAGGAGAGCAGGCGGCGUCAAGCGGGAGAGAGCGGAGAUGGAGGCGGCGAUGGUGGGACCGAAGGCCGGCUUGCCCUCCGGGGUGCUCGCGGGUGGAGUGGCCGGAGCGAAACCGGGCAAGAAGACCCGCGGCAGAGUGAAGAUAAAGAUGGAGUUUAUAGACAACAAACUGCGACGGUACACGACCUUCAGCAAGAGGAAGACGGGCAUCAUGAAGAAGGCGUACGAGCUCUCCACGCUCACAGGAACUCAGGUGCUGCUGCUGGUGGCCAGCGAGACGGGGCACGUCUACACGUUCGCCACACGUAAGCUGCAGCCCAUGAUCACCAGCGAGACGGGCAAAGCUCUGAUCCAAACCUGCCUGAACUCCCCGGACUCCCCGCCGCGCUCCGACCCGUCCACGGACCAGCGCAUGAGCGCCACGGGCUUCGAGGAGACGGACCUCACCUACCAGGUGUCUGAGUCCGAGAGUCUGGGAGAAUCCAAGGUGAGUUUGCGGCUCCUCGCUCAGAAUUGAAUCUUCUUCCAAGGUCUGUCAUCGUGUUUUAUGAAUCUGUGAAUCACAAAGACUCGAGUCGGUCCAAAAUCUACACGCUGAAGAGUUAUUGUUGCCAUAUCGAAGCGCUCAAGUGUUUAAUUCGUCGCGUCUGCGCCGCGUGUUUGUUCUUCUGAUCUGCCUCUCCAGACGCUCUGUGUUCACUAGAGUGAUUCACAU